CUGGUAUAGAUUAUGGAUUUAAUCAUCAACAGCCUGAUUUAAAAGAUAACCAGCUCUUCUGUGGCUUAGGGUCCCUGCAGAACCAUACUGCCCACUGCCAACCCUUCUACUGGUUAAAAGAAAUUUCUAGCGAAAAUUGAGGUUUUGAGCUCAGCUGGGUGGAGCGAGGGAGCAGCCAGGCACAUCUCCUGGUGUCUGCUAAGAAGAGGAAAAAGAAAGACGCCAACAAGAAAACAACAACCCCAAAGUCCGGCAGAUACAGCCACAGCUGCGUGCACGCUUAGGGCAGCCAUAGGUAACACCAGAUCGCUCCAAGAAAACAAAGCAGCAGCAAGAUGAAAAGUGGUUCACAUCAGCUUUAUUUCCUGCUUCUCCUGGGCCUGUUUGCAGGUUUCUUUUGUACUGAUCUAACCACCACUGGAAAUGAAGGAUUUGCGAGCAUAGGGCAGUUGAUGGUCUCAACAGCAAGUGACACAAGCAACACCAGCCUGACUUCUGGGUCCGUAAUGACAGGCAGCUCUGCUCAGAAGCACUACUCAGGACCCGCAACAGCGGCGAGCCAGGGGCACCUUACAAAACCCGCUCCCCUGAUCGUGGAAGCUGGGCCUACAUCUGUCAUCGUUGGCGAAGCCCACUCUGCCACUCUGAAGUGUGAGUUCUCUCCCACGACUCAUGCGGAUGUCACUUGGAAACGAUGCUUCUUUGGCAACUGUGCUGAGUUUCCUGGUAACGACAGCAGGGUCACGGUGAACACUACAUAUGGGUUCUCAGAGCUCACCUUCGAUCCAACCAAUAUAAAUGACACCGGCGUAUACUACUGUUCUGUCCGUACUGCUACUGCAUUUGACUCCUCGUGUGGCACGUACCUCUGGGUCCGGACGCCUCGUCCCACUUCCAUGCUGAAUAUGAGAGAAUCCAUUAAAAACAAGAUCAUCACCGCAGAGGGUUUCCUCUUACUCAUCUUUGCCAUCGGUCCUGGUCUUUUUCUGCUCUUCAGGAGGUGGGAAAAUGAGCGUCUCUUGGAGGCCAAGAAGAAAGCAUAUGAAGAGGAGAACCUGUAUGAGGGGCUGAACCUGGAUGACUGCUCCAUGUAUGAGGACAUCUCACGGGGGCUGCAAGCCACCUACCAGGACAUAGGCAACGUCAAAGUCAUUGAUCUACAGCUAGAGAAGCCAGAGAAGCCAUGAUUUUUAAAGGGCCACGCUUCGCCUUCAGUUUCUAUGAGCCUACUUCAAACAGACCUUUUCCAAUUCAGAAUCUUCUCUCUCCAUUUAUCCUGCAGACAAUGUGGUGGGGGGAAUUCUGUAGUCUCCUGAUUCUUGGGUGCUGACACAUUAUACAACCAUUUCAGGUUUACUAGGUGGUGCAGAGAACUGACUAACUCUGCAGUGUGGAAGAUCUGGCUUUAAUAGGAGGAGAGUAAUUGAAACAGCGGAGGUUGCAUUCUGGUAUCCCAAGGGAAUAAUAUUAUCAUCUUUGCUUGAUAUUUCUCCAUUAUAUUUUCCAUUCCUGAUUUCUAGUGUGCUGGGAAAUUGGGAACUUUGAUUCUGAGCCAUAAGUAAUGCUAAAUGUUUCCUUCAAUGAUAUUCAUCGAGGGUGUGUCUGCCAGGUUUGUGAAUUCAUUCUUUCAGAACUUGUUCUUGCUUCUACUUUCUCUUCUCAGCAUGAGAUGAACACAAACAUAACAUGUAUAGAGCAGUGGGACCAGUUGGAAAGUGUCCUCACUACAUUUGAUACAAACAUAUUAUAUAGUUUCUUCUCUAGGAUCUAGCUUUUACGAAUUUGCAGGAAAACCUGACUGUGUACAGUGUUGAUUGGCUAGCACCUGUGAUGUAAUCAAGAAACAAACAUAUACCCCCAAUCACACACCCCAGUACCCAGAACAGUUUUGCAACUGUAUUUUAAAUGUUCCAGGGGCAGUGGAGGCGGACAAAGAGUGCAUAUACAUGAAUAAAUGUGCUUAUGACAAUUUAUCUAGAAGAAGAAGAAAGUGGGUAAACCACCUGAAGCCUGCAUGAGGUGGGGAGACAGACAACCCAUCUAGCAUCCAGCUUAGCAGAAUGUGUAUCUAUCAUGCAAACUAUGAGGCUGAGAUAAAGCUGAGCUUAUACCAUGGUGACAGAUCUUACACAAAAUCUCUAAUUAUUAUAUUUGUCUUCAUUCUUGAUCUACCAGUCAUACACAAAAAUGCAUAGCAUUAUUAUUGUAGGAUUUCUUGAUAGGGCCCACUAUAACUCCCUCCCCCAACUUUCUUCAGAGACCAGAGCAAGCUGGUGAAAUCUGAUACCCAUGGGCUUGACCUGUGGUUAAGGAUGAUACAGGGUUAGGAGGACUAAAGCAGGGCUAGGCAACCCUGGCUCUCCAGCUGUUGUUGAACUACAACUCUCAUCAUCCCUAGCUGAGGUCUCUCAGCUUGACUUUUCCCUACAGUGGUAUGCAAGGCUCUGGUUGUGCAUUAAAGAAAUAAACAAAGUUGGAUGGACUGUGAAAUAUUCCGGGAACUGAACAAAUCGGACAGGCAUCUCACCCUCCGGUACCACUCUUUCUUAAAGACCUGUUAUGGAAGUCAAUCAGGUUGUAAUCCUAUAUUGUUAUAACCACAAACUAAGUUUCUUUGGGCGUUUUAUUUUGUGAACUCAGUCAGACGUUAAUAAAAUAACCAAAUGUUUUGUUUCCUG